UAGCAGCUGACAACAGUUUUUCACCAUACACAGUGCUACCUGAGUUUGUAUAGGAGAGAUCCGAUACUCGAUAGUCAUCAUCGGUUGGCCCUCGACAGCCGAUGUUACUCGAGCAAGUAUGAUCUGUUGAAGCUAAAUAAUAGAUGGGAGGGGAACGGACGGACUCCAUGUCACCAUUGAAGGUCCAGGUCCUGCCCUUACAUAUAUAGGAUUUUUUGCACGCAAGAUUCCAUGAGAAUCCUCUCUUGAUCUUCUCCAUUUCCUCUAAAACAUAAAUUAAUAAAAACAAUUAUUAUUAUCUGCUAUUUCCUCGCCAUUUUCCGCGAUAAAAUUCUCUUGACUCUCUCAAUCUCUCUCUUAUAUAUCUGUGGAGCAGCUGCUCUUUUGUCAAAAAUAUCCUUAAAACAAUUUCUGAACCGAAAACCUCCCUUUGCACCAUUUUCGGUCCGAUUCAAUCACAAUCCUCCCCGUUUCUUCCCUUUUUAAUUUAGUUGGGACUUGCAAUCAUCAUCCCUUGAACCCGUCCCCCAUCUGAUUUCCCCUGUUUUCCGGCGGACUCUGGCCGUCGGGCGGCUAAGCUAAGACGUCCCCUUUUCUUUCUCCUUCCCCCAGAGAGAAAACCACUCCGCCCCGCCUUCGCCUUCGCCGCCGCCGCCGCCACAGUCCACCGCCCCCGUGGAAGUGCUCUCUCUCUCCUGAAAUUCAUUUCCUCUCUGUCUCUGUCAUUUUCCUCCCCGUAAAGAGUUUUGAUCGGAAAAUUCAACAGUUCCUGAGAAAAAUACAAUCUUGAUUCAAGAACCGACACAUUUGGAGAGAUUGACUUGGGUAAAAGGAAGGGUCUUGAUAAGAAAGGACGAAUCUCUCUCUCUCUGUUUUUUAUUGGGGCUGAAUAGCGGCUCCUUUCCGGCAUGACCCGUCACUUGGUGCUGCGCUUGCCGUCGGUGAACAGGCGGCAGCCCCUGCUCAAAUCCCGUCCAUCCUCCGCCGCCAAGGCCGCCGAGGUGGCGGGAGGGACCACCGCGGAGUGCGCGGCCGUCUGCUGCUGCUGCCCCUGCGUGGUGGCAGGCCUCCUCGUGCUCGCUGUCUACCGGCUUCCCGCCGGGCUGUGUCGACGCGCCCUCCGGCGGAGGCGGCUGCGGCGGCUGUCGAAGCAGGCCAAAGGCGGGAAAUGCAGCAAAUGCUCCUGCGGGUGUGAGGAACACGAGCCCGACAGCGGGGCAGGGAUAACGGUGGAGGAGCUGUUGGAGAUGAAGGCGGAGGAGUCGCCGGAGAUGGAGGAGCUGGAGGAGGAGAUGAGGAAGAAUUUCUACAGCACCGGCUUCUGGAGAAGCCCCUCUCAGACUAAGAGGGAUUGAUUGAAAUUGAUUUGGACUAAUCAUUAGGUUCUUUUCUUGUGAAGCUCUUCUCAAGGCCAAAGAGAGAUCAAUUCUCUCCUCUCUAUGUUGUUGUUGUUUUAUUUUUUUUUGGUAAUUUUUUUCUUUGGCAUUCAAAAUGUAUAAUGGGUGAAGGUUUCUUCUCCGAUGUAAAUUUUGUAAACAUGAACUAUGGAAUGAAUCUUCAGAGUUCAGUGUGCAUGAGGCACGUUGCAAUUUC